AAGAUCCAAAGCAAUCACGCCAGGAUGCCACUCCGACAUGUAUCAAUACUCCAGCACCCUGAACGGUUGCAGAAGCAGAAGCACAAGCCGAGUACAAGAGCUUACUCGCAAGUAAGAAACAGAGCAAACCAAGCUAGCUCGUGGUCUGCACCGCAUCGGCAAUCGAUCAGGCAGACAAGGGACAAGAUAUGGUGCAGCAUCAAGAGGUGAUCCCACUGAUGACGCCGUACAAGAUGGGCCAGUUUGAGCUCUCCCACCGGGUGGUGCUCGCGCCGAUGGCACGGUGCCGGUCCUACGGGAACGUGCCGCAGCCGCACGCGGCGGUAUAUUACUCGCAGCGCGCCACCAGGGGCGGCUUGCUCAUCACGGAGGCCACGGGUGUGUCCGCCACCGCGCAGGGGUACCCGGAGACCCCCGGCAUCUGGACGCAGGAGCAGGUCGAGGCGUGGAAACCCAUCGUCGACGCCGUCCACCGCAAGGGCGCACUCUUCUUCUGCCAGAUUUUGCACGUCGGCAGGGUCUCCACCAACGAUUUUCAGCCAUAUGGACAGGCGCCCAUCUCGAGCACGGACAAGCAGAUCUCCCCGGAUGCCGAGCCCGGCAAGGUGUAUUCCAAGCCGCGGCGGCUCCGGACGGAGGAGAUCCCGGGGAUUGUGGACGACUUCAGGUGCGCGGCGCGGAACGCCAUCGAGGCCGGGUUCGACGGCGUGGAGAUCCACGCCGCGCACGGGUAUCUCCUCGAGCAGUUCAUGAAGGACAGCACCAACGACCGCACCGACGAGUAUGGCGGCAGCCUCGAGAACCGGUGUCGCUUGGCGGUGGAGGUCGUCGACGCCGUCGUCCGCGAGGUGGGCGCGCACCGCGUGGGCAUGAGGCUGUCGCCGUUCAUCAACUUUCUGGACUGUGUCGACUCCGACCCGGUGGCGCUCGGUGACUACAUGGUUCGACAGCUCAACAGGCACGUCGGCUUCCUCUACUGCCACAUGGUGGAGCCCCGGUUGACCUUCAAUGGCACGUUCAUCAUCGACGAUCGCAGGCAGAUCCCACACGGGUUGUUGCCGUUCCGGAAGGCCUUCAAUGGCACGUUCAUCGCCGCCGGUGCGUACGACCGGGAGGAAGGUAACAAGGUGGUGGCCGACGGCUACGCCGACCUCGUCGCCUACGGGCGGCUCUUCUUGGCCAACCCGGACCUGCCCAACAGGUUUGAGCUAGGUGCGCCCCUGAACAAGUACAACCGCUCCACCUUCUACACGCAGGAUCCUGUCAUUGGCUACACAGACUACCCGUUUCUUGACGACGACGACAACGACUCAGCUGCUCAAGCUUAAUCAUGAAGAUCAACAAUGAGGUCACCAUCAAUAAUGUGCAUGGUCGGUGCAGAGUAGCUCAACGUGAUAUUCAAACCAGAGAUCCCGAGUUUGAGUCAUAUGCAUCAUAUCCCGAGAACUGAGAGAGGAAUUAGAUACAUAUUAUUAUAGGUAAGAGGAUCUAUUGUAGAACAAAUUCUAUAAAAUUUGCUUCUAAAUUCUGGUGAUAUGAUGCAUCUCCUAACGCCCAACAACCAACAAACCUCAGUUCGUUGGGAAAGAUAAGCAUAAUCAAAUACAACAAUCAGAAUACAAAAGUGCCAUGUACACGGGAUAAAC